ACGGACAGUGAAAAAAAAAAACGAAACCUUAGUGAUACCAAAAGACUGUUUCUCUCUAUUUCGUUUUUCCACAGUUGGCAAUUUUCUCCUUGGUGUGUCGUACCCUUUUUCUCCCAUCUCAUUGCAUACUAAGAAGACCUAAAAGAAAGAGAUGGAGCUGUACGGGCCGUCUACAGGGAGUAACGGGUCACAAUCCGAUCAUCAGUCGGAAUGGGUUGCGGUGGAGCAAGAAACGGGUCUGGAUGGAUCAAUGCAGAAGUUGGGGUUAUUUGGAAGGGAGGUUUACCCAGAAAGGCCUGGUGUUCCUGAUUGUUCGUAUUAUUUGCGAAAUGGGUCAUGUGGAUAUGGACCUAAUUGCCGGUUUAACCAUCCGAGUGAUCGUGAUCGGCGCUCUGGUGGUAAGAUGCAGUUGGAAGGAGUUGAGUUCCCAGAAAGAACGGGAGAGCCGAUCUGCCAGUACUUUUUAAGAACAGGUACCUGUAAAUUUGGUGUAUCCUGCAAGUUUCACCACCCUAGGAACUUUGGUGGAACCUUGAGCAAUAUACCACUAAAUACUUAUGGAUAUCCAUUACGCACGGGGGAAAUUGAAUGCACCUAUUAUUUGAAAACGGGGCAUUGCAAAUUUGGUAUAACAUGUAAAUUCCAUCACCCUCAACCUGCUGGUAUGUCAGUGCCAGCACCUGCACGUCCAUUUUAUCCGACAGUGCAGUCUCUUCCUGCUCCUCCCGAGGAAUGUAACAGUGCAUUAACUGGUCUUAGAGUAGCAAGGCCUCCGAUUUUACCUGGUUCAUAUGUACCUAGUGCUUAUGGUCCAGUGUUGCUUCAUCCAGGAGUGGUUACCAUUCAGAACUGGAGUCCUUACUCAGGACCAGUAAGUCCUGCACUAUCUCCCGGUGUUCAUCCCUCUGCUGGGCUGACAUCUGUCUAUGGGAUGUCACCGCUAGCAUCUUCUCCACAUGCCUUUGCAGGGCCUUACUCGCCAUUACCCCCUGCUGGUAGCCCUUCAAGCAAAACACAGAAGGAAAAGAGUUUUCCAGAGAGACCUGGUCAAUCCAUAUGUCAGUACUACGUGAAAACUGGGGACUGUAAAUUUGGAUCAUCUUGUAAGUUUCACCAUCCACCUGACUGGAUUGCAUCAAAGACGAACUGUGCUAUCAGCCCCAUAGGCCUUCCUUUGCGUCCGGGGGUGCAGCCUUGUUCCUUUUAUCUACUGAAAGGAUUCUGCAAGUUUGGCAGCGCUUGUAAAUUUGAUCAUCCUAUGGGAACAGUACAAUAUAGUUCAUCAGCUUCUUCUCUUCCUGAUUUACAAGUUGCACCCUACAUGCUGCGAUCUUCCUUCACGUUGGCUCCCAUGUUGCUGCCAGAGUUGCAGGCUGGAUUUGUUACAGGGUCAAAAGUGGACGUCUCUUUAUCUAGAGCACCUUCUUCAAUGAAAGUACAAUUGGUACAGUUAACCUAAUACUUCCUUCGUCUGGACUUUCGAUCUCCAAUAUGCAGUUGUCAAGUAAGGGAAGUUCACCAUUGAAUUUGAAGUAAACUUGGAGCACUAUGUAUUAUUCUCCCCUGCUACUUUGUAUGUUAUACUAUAAUGUUUACUCAAAACUCGGGAGUUGAAGUUGUCUUUUGUUAUCCCACUGCUUGGCAUGAAGAUUACAUUGAUUGAGAAGACGAAAAUCUGUCUUGUGAAGUAAUAAGACAUACUCUUUGAAAUUUCUUAUCAUCA